AUAUCACAAGAAUAUUAGCUGAUACUCAGCCAGACGGCAUUACAGGAAUACGACGGUUCACUUAAUUCACUCUACGUGUCAGCAGUACAGCAUCACUAGAUAGAAGCAUUCUAUUUAAGUACCUGUUCUCGUUCAUUUGAAUGAAAAUGUUGAACUUAGACUCACAUAAUGAAGGGGUGCACACGUGUGUUGAGGGUGUUGCUGUUUCCCGUAGGAACGACCGCGGGUGAGGGCUGAGAAGCAAUUUCGGGGUAGCUGACACCGUCAGGGAGCAAACAGAGAUAAGGCACCACUUAACAGGCAAAGACGUCGUGGCUGUUCUAGGUGGUCGCCCGAGAUGUAUCCUUCUUUUCCCACUGCGGGUAAUGCCGCUUCUUCUACGGAACAAAAGAGCAUGAUGAAGCAAGAAGUGCAUAUUAGAGGACAAGAUGAGCAAGAAAUGGAUGAGUCAAGAUGUAGAAGAAUAGAAGCGAAGGGUGCAGGACCAGGCAAAGAAGCAGAAGAAAGCGCGUCCUCGAAGAACUCUCCAAGGAUGAAGAAGUCCCUUGGCUGUUUUUUGGAUUGGUUAAGGCCGAAGACCAUCAAAGUACUUGAGUAAGUUCAUUGAGUACAUCAAAUUUUGUGCCAACCGGGAGCGUUCUGUAAACUUCCUGUUGGCGGCUCCAGGUGCAUACUACACACAGUAUCACCAGAAUUCAUCUUGCCCCUCUUUCUCGCAUCCUAACUACAGUAACAAAUACUAAUUCCCAUUCUAAUUACAGCCUUCUCCGAUAUGGAAUGCGGUGAUGAGCCUGACGAGUUGUGGUUGGAUGAACCCAGAGACUGGGUUAGGCGUUACCCUUUUAUCAUUUCCGGCUCAAGGCUUCUUGCCGGAAUAGCCUUCGCGCAGGGGAUGAUACUAGUAAUGCUGUCAGCAGAUUAUGACGAGAAGAUAAGUCAAGUAGCGAGCUUUAGUACCUGGCUAGACUUAUUUUGUUAGUGGAUUUAACGUUCAGACGCAGCAGCAGUAAUGAAAUGAUCCCGCCAGCAAAUCUUGGCAUCUGACUGAUACUAACUUCUCUUGCAAGCUCCCAUUUAUUCCCUGUCGCGUGCAUAUUUUAUACCCAACGGUAACGAACUCGAACUCCCCUUGCAACCCUCCCCUUUCAUAUCCCACAAAUUCUUCCGCGUGCGUAUUCUGCAUAUCUGACUCGCGUCAAUGUGAUUGUUACUUUCGUUUUUUACCUGUUGCUGCACUACCGCCAGCAACGAAUGUACCGGAAAGCCAGCAGUGCAAGCGCUUUAGCGUAUUCAUUGUUUUAUUUUUUGAAAGUUACAUCAUUCAUUUUGCUUUUGAUUGUAUCCCUGAGUCGAAUCUAGUAUUAUGCCAUCUUGAUGAAUUUGGUAUCGAAUAAAGUAUCUGCAUCUUUUGAUAAACUGUUGCUCGGCUUAUUGCAGUAUCAUGAACUUGAUCGUGGUCACAAUAAAGCACGUCCUGAACGAGCCCAGACUCUUAGGUUCUGACAAUAUAAUGGCCAAUUUGAUGCUUUCCAUCAACAUCCACAAUUCAAGAAAUAGGUUUCAUUUUUCAGCUCAGGUAUGCCAUUUUUCACCUAAUGCUCCACAGGUAUGCCAGCGUGGAAAUGCAGCAUCGCUAUGGAAGAAAAUACUCGCUAGAACAGGGACUUCUCGCGGCAUCUGCACAACUCUCAUUGGAGGAUGGAUCAACUGGCGGCGCAGAGAUGUUGAACGGUGAUAGCGGAUCAAAUGGUGAUAAGAAGUUUCAGCUUCAUGGCGAGAGGACUUGUUGUUCAGGAGUGGAUGAUGGUGAGGUGGAAAACCGAGGUGAUGCUGAGGAGGCCGUAGGAGCGCCUGGGCAUGAUUCGAUGUCCAGAGACACCAUAGCCUUGCGAAAUGAUUUCAAGAAACGAACGAUGGCGAAUCAACCGGUGAUAUUGAACGGCGCAGCUACUGGUUUCCCAAUGGGCGGAACUCGAGGAGAUUUGCCUAGAGCUGACAGUUUGUUGAGUAAUUUGAGUAGUCGGGCUUCACCUUCGGGAUUUUCACGGCGUGGGAUAAAGAGCAGCUCAAGAAGUAGCGAUGAGGAAGACGUCGAGAAGGAUCAGCAUCAUGGAGCAGAGGGCGACGAAGAACAUGAACAGGAUUUUCUGUUAAAAGUAGAGGAGGUUCUUGUUGAAGAGCCACGAGGAGAAGUUCUUGUGGAGCAGCAGGAGUCCUCAGGAACUGAAGAUACUCUAGCCAACUAUAGUACUCUUCGUGGACCGUCUCCAGUUCUCAAUUCGUGGAAUAGUACGUUCGAAGAUUUCAAGAGCAAUUCUACAAACAGGAACCUUGAACGUAGCAGGAAAAGGGGAGAGCACGUAUUUUCAGCUUCGUCCAAGAGAGCCUCGUCUGGUUGUAUCGGCACCAGUCGUGGCCCUCGGAGGAUGAAAGGACGCAACAAUAGCAGCAUGAGAGCUGAAAAGAUUCGUGGUCGUCGUUCAGCGAUAGCUGCUUCUGAGGCUUUGGCCGAUGAUGUCCAGGAAAUCAAGGUGGCGCCAGACGGUGCAAGAUUCUUCAUGCAAUUACGUUUAGAGGACCAUCGUAGCGCGUUGUCAAAGGUCAUCCGGUUACUGCAAGAGUGGGUCAUUAUUCUGUCUUGCUUUAUCUGCUUGAUCUAUUGGUGCGCAUUAUUCGACCCAGCCGAGUACGACGCUUUGACUGGGAAUGGCUAUCUUGCGCGAAAGUGGGAGCAAGAAGGGAUUCCUUCUUUGUCCCGUGUCAGCAUGGAGAACAUUCAGGAGAUUGAGACGUUGACAGAUUUAGCAAGGGUUGUGGAGGAACUCACUUUACGUACUGAGGGUGUGCCGGAAUGGAAAGACCAUGUUUGUGCUCGUCGUGAAAGUCGUGGUUCAUCUUCGCUUGUGGAGGCAUCGUCCGCGAAGCCACGUACUUCAUCCAGCUCUGCGUGGGGGAGGAACAGAGGUGGUCUACUGUCUUCUGCCGAUCAUGGUGGUGAACUACUCGCCCGUGGGGCUGAACAACUACACCCUACUGAGAUAACCAGUGGGGGAUCACUGACCUUAACACGCUCUUCCUCCAACCUGAACGUUGACGAGCGGCCUCUGGAUCGGUCAACUGGCACACUGCUAGCCGGGUCAGAUAGCUGGCGCAGUGAUAUGCAGUGUCUAAACCACGCUAUCGAACGCGAAGUCGAACAACGCACCGAUUUAAUAGUGUUACGUAACGAAAUCACUAGACUGCUAGCAAAGAGGCGGUCAUUGCAGGUUGCGGCGCCACUAGUUGCUACUGGUAGUGUUACGAGUCCGACACAACAGCAACAAGAACAACGACCCACUAAUGUUGGCGACAACCCAGUAUCUUCUGUAUCACCAACUUCUGCUGCGUUGGCAAGUCAAAAUAUGGACAACAUAGCAUCACCAGCCACCUCUACAUCACCAAGUCGCGGCUUGGUCUUGGAUGGACCCGUAUCACCAGGUGGAGUAUCUGUUGGCCCUGGGAGACCUCCUAGUCGGAAAGAAAAGCGAGCCCGCAGAAAGGCAGAACGCGAGAGGGCUCAAUUAGUGAUAAGGAGGUAUAGGAAGAACGAAAGCACACCGGCUUAUCCACUGGCGUUGUUCGAAGCGGCGGCGCAGCAAACAAGUCAGCAAAGCUCAAGUGCUACUAAAAAUGGCGGUCAUGUUGAUAAUGCCAGUGGUCCACAAAUUAUAGAUCAAAGAAACAUUGAUACAACAAGCCAUGGAGGAAGUAGAAACACGGAGGUUAACACUGUUCCUGUCGCCACAACUACGAACUCCGCUAGCACGACGCCCCACGCCACUGAGGGGACUCCACGACCUUCUCCGAGUUCUUUGACCACCACAGUGAAGGAGGCCUACCCUUUGUCUGCCAAACUGUUUGAGCUGAGCAGGCGAUGGCGACAGUUGGCGUUCUCCUUGACAUUGAUAGAACAUGGGGCGAUCAUAUUUUCAGCCAUCACCGAACUUGCAUUGGUGAAGCAGCGAUUUCAUCUGGGCCGGCUGAUUUUGCUCACGUUGAUGCUGCUGUUGUACCUUGGGUGCAACGUUUUCUGGACGCUUUGUUAAGUCACCUAAAAGUAUUGUGUAACAGUUUAAAUUUCUUUAGAAAAAGUAAUCAGGUCGUUCUAUCUCUGCUAUAGCUAUUUACUUCCUGUAGUUGAAACUGUACAAAACGAGUUCAAGGUACAACAUGAACAUGAUGUUGUUGGCAACACAGUCGCUGUGAUUAAGGUGUGAACAAGUCACCACUAAUGUAGUUAGUUCCUGAGUAGUUUAUAUCCCUACAACCUAUACUUCUAAUUCUAGUACGGUCGUGCCGUGUACCCGGAUUUACUCGACUGGAAAAAGACGCCGCAGAUUGCCUGUUGCGUCAUAUUGUGUCUAGGACUGCUUCUUUUCGGCGUUUACGCUUUGUUAGCGCAUUGUCAUCCACCGCGUCUGACGUUUCCUUGUACGUGUCGGAAAAACCCGAAGAAAUCUAUCAUGGACUCGAAUGGAGAUACCACGAAGGCUGGAGAGGAUGCCGCACUUGCUACUGCAGAGUCGUCUAGUAAAAACGGGGAUAGCUGCGAGAGGGGUACGUCGAAGGAGGACGGACAAGUAUAAACAAAGGUAUAUAUUACAUGCGGCAUCUUAUGGCGCCGCAGGAAAUGACGCUAUCAUACUGACACAAAAUCUAAUGAUACAAUGUCGAUCCAUAUAUACGGAGUCUCUGAUUGCUAGAGUCUCUAACACUUUUAACAUAUCAUGAGUUCAAGAUUAUACAGUUUCACGCACAUCUGCAUGUUGACGUUGCAUACUUAUACAUAUACAUAGUUCAUACUGUGGUACGGUACCACAUCGCGCAAUACCGGCUCUUGAAUUCAGUAAUUCGCAUGUUCCUUUUUUUGAUCAGCUUUGGAGUUUCUUUUUGCUGCAUAUUCUUAGGCGGUCUCAAUGUGGCCUUGGCAAGAAAUUUGUUCGAAGGAUAUUUGGGUGUUUCUUCGGGUAUGUUUUUGUUAGGGAGCUGCAACCUGUCUCUUUGGUGAUCGGGACUAAGGUAUACAUCAGAAGAAGAUCCAUAUCAUGACGCGGCGGGGUAUAAUACCAUCCUCAAC